GAGACUUUGCUCGGUGCAUCCGCAUGCUGUUUCAUCGCACCAUAAAACAUACGUGCAAUCUUGAAUUCCGCUCUACACGCACACUGCAUUCACUGCUGGGGAUCUUGUUAUCCCGCAGAGCAGAGCAGAGCAGCGCAGCCCAGCAGAGCCCAGCCCAGCCUAGAUCACGCAGUCGCGGACUCGGAGUCGAGAGCCCCGCGCACCCUUAGCUGGCAGCGUACGGAGAUCGGCGCGGCUCACUGCGGACCCAGUCAGAGCCAGUCAGACUUGCAUGGAUCGACAAAGCAGCCCGCUGCUACAGGAACAACACCGCGCCGCCCACACUGACACCCGCCGGAUCUUCUGAGACAUGCACUUACCAUGUCAUUCAAGAAGGAAACACCUCUUGCCAAUGCUGUUUUCUGGGCUGCAAGAAAAGGAAACUUGGCUGUCCUUCAGCUGCUAUUGAACAGCGGACGAGUUGAUGUGGACUGCAAAGAUAAUACUGGCACCACUGCGCUAAUGGUUGCAUCAUAUAGUGGACACACAGAUUGUGUACGAGAGCUGAUCUUGCAAGGAGCGGAUAUCAAUCUGCAGAGAGAGACUGGUUCCACCUCAUUGUUCUUUGCAGCACAACAAGGAAAUAAUGACAUUGUGAAACUGCUGUUUGAGUAUGGUGCUUCUACUGAGUUCCAAACCAAGGAAGGUGGAACUGCAUUAUCAGCUGCUUGUCAAUACGGUCACUCUACUGUGGUGGAGACAUUGCUGAAAAAUGGUGCUAAUGUUCAUGACGAACUACAUGAUGGUGCUACUCCUCUUUUUCUUGCCGCACAGGAAGGUCAUAUAACUAUAGUACGUCAGCUUUUAGCAAGUGGUGCCAGAGUAAACCAGCCUCGGGUGGAUGGGACAGCUCCAUUGUGGAUGGCAGCACAGAUGGGACACAGUGAAGUAGUGAAGAUACUAUUACUUCGAGGUGCUGACCGAGAUGCAGACAGAAAAGAUGGAUCAACGCCCUUGUUCAAGGCUGCAUACAAAGGACACAAUGAUGUCAUAGAAGAACUUCUCAAAUUCUCUCCAUCACUUGGCCUUUUAAAGAAUGGCUCAACAGCCCUCCAUGCUGCCGUUCUGGGAGGAAAUGUAAGAUCAGUGGUCCUAUUACUAGAAGCUGGAGCCGAUGUCACACUGAGGAAUAAGGAUAAUGAAACUGCAGCGGAUCUUACAAAAAAUGAGCGGAUCCUCAGAGUUUUACGGACAAAAGGAGCACGUAAAAACAACUGAAAAGACCAGUGAGCUCAACAGCUAAUAAAAAGACAGAGAAUGCAUGUCUUUUCCAAAGGAGACCCUACUAAAAACUUGAAAAAGAAGAUUUUGGUGCCUGCAUUAUUUUACAAAAGGGUGGCAUUUACAAAAAUGGCCAUAAAAUACAAAAACAGGUAAAAGCAAUAAAAGUCCAGAAAGUCGGCUUUCUGUACAUAAAUCUUCUUUCUUGAUUAAUGCCUUUCUCCACCACAGCUGUAUUUUUAAAACACAGAGUGGAGUUUCUACAGAAAUGUACAUGAGCUGACCAAUAAUUAUAUACAGGGCUGCACCUCAAGAAAAUACAGGUUAUAUGGAACAUACACAUUUCUGGAGAUGUAUUGUUUCACUUGUAUAUUUGGAUGGAAAAUAUCACCGUUCAAAAUUAAUCUUUUCUUUAAAAGAUUUUCAGUUUUCGCUUGGCUACGCAAGUAAAUCUUUUCAGUUUAUGCUUGCUUCUAUCUUAGGUAUUUUUGAACAUUUUAACAUUGAAAAAAGAACAUGGUGCAUCCAGUAGAUAUAUGUGAAAUAUAAUAAGGCAUAUAGCUCAUCUAUUAUGGGAUAUUAUCUGAUAUUAUUUGUCUUGAUUUCAGCCAUUGCAAUCUAUCUAUCUAUCUAUCUAUCUAUCUAUCUAUCUAUCUAUCUAUCUAUCUAUCUAUCUAUCUAUCUAUCUAUCUAUCUAUCCUGUAUAUAUACAGUAUACACACACAUACUUUUCAGUUUAUUAGGUACAUCUAUCUAGUAGCGUAUUAUGCCUCCUUUUGGCAUUUAGAUUUUCAUUAAUUUGUCUUGCCAUGGAUUCUACAGAAUACUGAAGUUGUUAUUCAGGAAUGUCAUACAAUGCAAAAAUGAUUUCAUUGCACAGUUGCUGCAAAAUGAACAGCUGCACAAUCUUGCUGCAAACAACCCUUUCCUCUUCAUCCCAAACAUGCUCAAUAAGCUGAGAUCUGGGGAUUCUGCCAGUCACUGAUGCCAUGAAAACUUGCAGUCAGUUCCUCGAACCAUUCACUGAUACGUGCCUUGUGUCAGGGUACAUUAUCAUUCUGGAAGUUUCAUUUGAAAGUGGAUAAACUGUAGACAUGAAGGAAUUAACUUGGUCAGGAACAAUGUUAAGAUGCACUCUGCCAUUAAUACAUUCUUAAUUGGGUUUCAGGAGCCCUUCUGUGUGCCAUGAAAACAUUCUCCACUCCAUCACACUGCCACCACCGGCUUGUACUGUUGACAUCAACAAACUGAGAACCUUCCAUCAGCAUGAUGCAAAACGAACCUGGAUUUGUCCAACCAAGCAACUUUUUUCCACCUUUUAAUGGUCCAGUUUUGAUGCUUCUGUACCCAUAGGAGAUGUGCUCUCUUUUUUUUUCCAGACAACACUGGCAUUCAUCAUGGUCUUCGAGUGUUGUGGCCCAUUUGAUACAAAGUCCAAUAAGUAGUACAUUCAGAGAUGACAUUCCAUACAGAAGUGGUGAAUUGCCCUGAGUGGGGCUUGUCUGUUUGUUUGUUUGUUUGUAAUGUUUGAUCUAUCACAGAAAAUGUAAAUUACUCAAGGUUCAUUAAACUUGUCACAGGAAGGACUUAAGUACUAAGCAGUUAGCAUUGCUAUGCAAAAUUAAUAUAUUUUGUGUAUUCAUUAGUCCAUCCAUUCACUGAAACAACUUAGUGUCAUUUAUAUCCUAGCACUCCAAAAGAAAGAGAUUAACUUAUUCUUAACAUAUUCUUAUUGCUGAAUUAUAACUUUAAAUCACUUUAUUAAUGUCCCAAGUGUAAGUGUAAUUUUAUAAUGACAGUCCAUCUACUUUCAGCAGGUAACAAGAAUGCUGGCUGCACAAUGGAUUGUGUCUUUGCAAAAUGUUUACUACACAAACAGCAUCAGAUGUAGUGACAAGACAAAUCCUUAAAUGAGAUCAAAGGUCGACACUAGUCCGAUUACUGGGAGCAAAGUUUUAGCAGCUGGGUAACAAAACCUUCAAUAAUGUUCAACACAUCAUUUUUAACACAUUAUUGUGUGUAUGUGAACUGUAUAUAUGUAUGCAUAU